AUGACUAAGGGAACGGCGAGUUUCGGUAAGAGGAGGAACAAGACACACACGCUCUGUGUGAGGUGUGGUCACCGGAGCUUUCACAUCCAGAAAAGUCGUUGCUCGGCCUGUGCUUAUCCUGCCGCCCGGAAGAGGACAUACAACUGGAGUGUGAAGGCAAUAAGAAGAAAGACUACAGGAACUGGUAGGAUGAGGUAUCUACGCAAUGUCCCUCGUAGGUUCAAGACUGGCUUUAGAGAAGGUAUCCAAGCUACCCCAAGAAACAAGGCUGCAGCUGCUACUUCCUAG